CCACUGGGGAGGCUAGGAGAGGAGUAAAAAGCAAGGACUUGUUGUCAGCGCGGAGUGUGCAGAGCGAUGCGUAAGAUGGCGGGAACGGGAUGGCGGGAGAUUUGACAUUAUUCCAGGAUUGAUUCUCUCCAUUCCAGGCCCCGUCCCGCUCCAGCCCAGCUCUGGAAGGGAGGUUUAGUGCAUUUGCUAUCAUUGGAAGAGGAAGGCGUCCAGCGGGAAGACACAGGAGGAGGAGGAGGAGGGGAAGAAGAGGUGAAAGGGCAGGUCUCCUCUCCACCUCCCCGCCCAACACUGGUUAAGUUUUAGCUAUGGCGGACUUCGAAUCAGACACGGACGACAGUGACAACGAGGGGAAACUGAGCAACAUCUGCAGGCAGGUGUUACGCCCCCCGGGGUGCUCUGGGAAGGCCAAGAGGGGACACCUGUGCUUCGACGCCGCCUUUGAGACAGGUAACCUUGGGAGAGUGGAUUAUGUGGCAGAAUAUGACUAUGAUCUCUAUCUAAGACCUGACACGUCUAAUCCCCGUCACCGAAUGUGGUUUAACUUCACUGUAGACAACGCUAAGGCCGACCAGCGAGCUAUCUUUAAUUUGGUCAACAUUCACAAACGAAGAAAUCUGUUUAGCAUUGGCAUGACUCCUCUCAUUCGCUCCACCUCAAGGCCGCGCUGGACACGCAUGGCACCCGACCACGUGUACUACUACAAGAGUGACGCCUAUAAGGGCCAUUUUAUCCUGAGUUUCGCCGUGUGCUUCGACCUUGAGGCAGAUGUUUACCAGUUUGCUCUCACUUUUCCAUACUCUUACGCGAGAUUACAAGCCUUCCUGGAGGUGUUGGAAGGGAGAGCGGAGCGAGGAGAGGGCGCCAAGUUCUGGAGACACACACUGGCUUACUCUGUGCAAGGACGCGUGUGUGACAUCCUCGCUCUCACUUCCUCUCACAACUAUAACUACCAUCUAAGAGGCCUUUUAGAAGACAUAACUGAGGGGGUCCAGCCAGUUAGGGGGGGUAAAAGCGCCCCCUCCAAGGCUGCCCACCCUCCCCCUCCCCCCACCUUCGCAGCCCCACAAGAUGGAGAGAAGGAGGAUAAGGAGGAAGAGGAGCAGAAGGUGGUAGAGGAGGAAGAGGAAGAGGAGGAAGAGGAAGACGAUGAUGGUGGUGGUGGUGAAACUACUACUACUACUACUACUGCUGGUUUGGGCGCCAGGAAGCAAAGGAUUGUGGUCAUUAUGGCAAGAGUCCAUGGAGGAGAGAGUCCCACGUCAUUCAUAGUGCAAGGCAUGUUGGAAGCCCUAACAGGUACAGAACACGUUGCGGACAAGUUACGCCGUCACGUGACCUUCCUGAUUAUCCCAAUGCUCAAUCCUGACGGGGUCUAUCUAGGGAAUUAUAGGUCAACAUUAAUGGGGUUUGACCUGAACCGUGCAUGGGGAGACGCUAACCAGUGGGGCCAUCCUACCAUACACGCCACCAAGAAACUACUACUUAUGCUAAACGAGGCGCCUUGGUGUGAGCUAGAUUUAAUCCUGGACCUCCACGCUCAUUCCUCCCUCCUUGGAACUUUUAUUUAUGGGAAUUCGUACGAUGAUGUCUACAGACACGAACGCCACAUAGUGUUUCCCAAGAUGCUGUCUCACGCGUGUGAAGAUUACUGCCACUACAACACCAUCUAUAACCGUGACCCAGCCAAAGGUCAGACUGCCAGAAGAUGGUUGUGUUCUCACCUGAAGGAUUCUAUCAAUGUUUACACCCUAUAUACUUCGAUCUACGCCUACACCAACACCAAGGGAGCCAUCGUGCCCUACAGUGAAGCCCUAUACCUCCGUACUGGGCGGCGUGUGGUGCGUGGUGUGUUGGAGUACUACCAGUUCCUAGGCCUGGUGCCCCACGCCUUCCCCCGCGCCCUGCCCCUCCACGACCUCCCCUCUGGCCAAGGCCCCGGCAGCCCGCCCCUCCACGCCCGCACCGUCCGCCAUGCCGCCCACCCCCACCCAAACCCCCACCAAUACCACCACCACCACGUCUCAGCACGCACGCAGCAGCAGCAGCAGCGGGGAGGGUCAGCGAGGGGGGGAGCGCGCCCCCGCCUCCCCCGCUGGUCCCCGCCCAGCGAGACCCCUAGCGAGGCUGGGGAGGAGGAGGAGGAAGAAGAAGAGGAGGAUGAGGAGGAGGAGGAUGGCAGCACAGGGGGCGGAGAGGAGGGUGAGGGCGGGGGUGUGGGGGGCGGCGGGGCCAGCAGCGGCGGGGAGGGCACCAGCGAGGCCAGCGGCCUGACCGUAACCAUCCAGCGGCGCGGCGCGGCGCCUCCUCUCCACCACCAACGCCCCACCCUGCCCCCAGCCCGGCCACGUGGAGCGCCCCGCGAGGCGCCCCCCGAGGCCAGGCGCCUGCCCCGCGCCACCCAGGUGACACUGUUCCCCGGACCGGCGACCCCCACGCCGCCUCCACCCCGCCGCGGCCCCGCCCCACACCCAGCCUACGCCCGCGGCCUGCCGGACCUGCCGCCCCUCACCGCCUCGCUGCCCGCCCUGCGCACCCCGCCCGCUCCGCGCCGCCGCUCGCGCCGCCGCGCCACAGCGGCACCGCACGCCCACGCCCGUCUCGCCUUCCGUUACUACGAUUUCCGCCGCCUCACGCGCCCGCGCCGCCGCCCCCGAGCACGCCGUGCCCCGAACCGCUCCCCUCGACGCCGUCCACGCCCACGUCCAAGAGCGCGAGCGCGCCCACGCCGUCCCGCACCCACCCCUGCCCCGGAGCGCGCCCCGCCCCGCAGGCUGGCGGCAGGGGGCGGCUUCAACGCGGCGCGCAUGGCAGAUGGUGGGCGCGGCGCGGCGCGGCAGGGCGCGGCGCCCCCACGCGGCCUGCGCACCAUACACGUCAACCACCUCACCAUCGGAGGGCGCGGCGCUCCCCAUCCCCCAGCCUGGCAGGCCGCCCCGCCCCGACGCCCCGGCCCCUCCUCCCUGCCCCUGCUGCGCCGCUUCCUGGACCCCCGCGCCCCGCUUUUCUGACGGCCCCCGGCCACCCACCAGCCCCUGCCCCAAUCAGGCAUGGGGUGCCGGCGGGGCGGGCAUGGUGGGCGGGACAGGAGUGGAGGCGAGGGGGCCGCGCACACCCAACCAGGCUGUGAGGCCCUGGAGGACGCUCUCUCUCUCUCUCUCUCAAAACUAUUUCCCUCCACCUAAAGUUUCCUCCAUUUUGCCUCCACUCCUCCUCCUCCUCCUCCUCCUCCUCUUCCUCCA